CUGCGACCAGCCGGCGCCAAGUCCUUGCGAACCUGGAACCCUUCUGCGGCCAUGCCAAAAAUACCUCCCCGUCUGCCCGAGGUCCAAUGAUUUAUAUAGUACAUCCUAUACUUGCCUUAGCUGAACGUUCGAGCUCUUCCCUCCCACAAUGUCACUCUCUGUAUCAGACCUCACAGCCGUCGCCGAUAAUCUUUUCUCCGACAUUGCCAAUAACUCCCCGUCUAUACGCCUCUUGGCACAUUUUUCUCAGCACCAUACGGUCACCAUACAACAUUCCUUCGCUGACUGUAAAACCCCCGAGGCCUAUCGAUUCACGGGGCUGAACGCCGUUCGGUCAUACUUUGAUCUGCUCGCCACCCAUUACGAGCGCUCUGCGAUGGAAAAGCACUCAAUGAGAAUGUUGCCGCACGCCAGGCGCGUCAUUCUCCUCGGGAGCGUGCAUUGGACGUGGAGGUCGAGUCGGAGGGGGUGGACGGAGGACUUUGAGUGCACCAUAGACUUCGAUGACAAUCUCAAGGUGAUAUCCUUUGUUAUGCUCACGACCUCGAGUCCCUCGACGUGCGUUAUGCGGGCCGUGGAUCCCGGUCCGCCAGAUAUCAUUGGAUGUUCGCGAAGGAGGAAAAGAUUUGACAUGUGGAUGUGACUUGUCCAAUUGUUUCUACCUCGCCAUUCCCCGCCGUCAAUAUCGGAUAUGCUUUCGUCAUUCUUUUCAAUUAUCCUUCACGCCGUCCUCGUCUCCCCGCUGU